AUCACGUGACUCUUGUGUUAUGGCUGAGAUUACUAGAGUUAGUUUACACUUAACGAAGCACAGUGCUGUAUGUGAGCGAGGGAGUACUACACGAAGCUAAUGAAAAUAAAGGCCGUGUCACGUCUACGCCUUACGAAGUAGCGGGAUACUCAGUACUGAUUUUUUCGAAUCUUUAAUUUUGUUGACUGCUCAUGGUUUCUAGACUAACUGCUUGGAUUAACACGUUCUUCUCAUUUUAACAUGCCGCUCUUCGGCAAGAAAAACAGUGAUAAUGAUAAAAAAUUAAAAGAGACUGAUAUACGACGGAAGUAUGAGUUCAAAGAUACUUUAGGAACAGGUGCUUUCUCCGAGGUGGUUUUAGCUGAGAACAAGUCAGAGCGCGGGAAAUACAAUGCCGUGAAGUGUAUCAACAGAAGAGGGCUGCGAGGCAAGGAGGAAGCCCUUGAGAAUGAGAUCUCGGUCUUACGGAGAUUGAACCAUCCGAACAUAGUUCGACUUGUGGAUGUAUUUGAGGAUAAAACACACGUUUACCUGGUCAUGGAGCUUGUGACAGGGGGUGAGCUGUUUGACCGUAUUGUAGAGAAAGGAAGCUACACAGAAAAAGACGCCAGUCUUCUGAUACGGCAGGUCUUGGAGGCAGUGGAUUACAUGCACGACAGGGGCGUGGUUCAUAGAGACUUAAAGCCUGAGAAUCUCCUUUUCUACAGUCCUGAAGACGAUUCCAAAAUUAUGAUUAGCGACUUUGGGCUUUCCAAAAUGGAAGGUUCUGGCAUCAUGGCGACAGCGUGCGGUACUCCAGGAUACGUUGCUCCUGAAGUGCUGGCCCAACAACCCUAUGGGAAGGAAGUGGACUGUUGGUCUAUUGGUGUCAUUGCUUAUAUUUUAUUAUGUGGUUAUCCCCCUUUUUAUGAUGAGAAUGAUGCUGAGCUAUUUAAACAAAUUUUAAAAGCCCAAUAUGAAUUUGAUUCUCCCUUCUGGGAUGAAAUCUCUGAAUCUGCUAAAGAUUUUAUCCGGCAUUUAAUGUGUAAAGAUCCCAAGGAAAGAUUCACAUGUAAACAAGCCAUUGCUCAUCCCUGGAUAUCUGGUAAUGCUGCUCUCAGUAAAGACAUUCAUGCCUCAGUCAAGGCUCAGAUGCUCAAGACAUUUGCAAGGACCAAAUGGAAGCAAGCAUACAAUGCCACAGCAGUCAUCAGGCAGAUGAAGAAACUUGUGGUCAGCAAAGAGGAGACCAGCAGCAACCACAGCACCACCAGCGCCAGCACAUCUGGGGCCAGCAAUCACAGCACUCUUACUGCAACAGAGGCCACAGGGCCAGCAGGAUGCAGCAACUGCAGUGCGGCGGCAGCCACAGCAAGCAGCAUGGACUGAACAGUGCCACCAGCGAGGGGGACAUGAUCCACAAGGUGCUGAGCCUGUUGUUCUUGUUGUCUAGUACUUAAAGGUGACUCUGCUUGCAGCACUCACCCCCCAGCUUAACUGGGGACAGGGGGGGCCCUCACUAGCUACAAAACUCCAAUGACUAGCUGUUGAUGAAGGAGCCAUUGCAUUCUUCUUUUUUUUUUCUCUCUCUCUGGCCUCCCCGUCCCUCCCCCCUCAAAGAUCAGUUGUGUUCUCUGUUUGUGAGAAAAACUAAAAAAAAAAAAAAGUUCUUGUAUUAAGUUUAUUGUAUUGACAGUGAUAUCACAUGAACCACAAAACCAAAGGCAAACACACAUAUCCUCAAUAGCAAUGAUGUACAAGCACCACACACACAUUUACAUUAUUGGUUUAUUCAACUUCAGUAUUUACUUUAAGGACUUUGUACAUCAGAAAGAUACUCUACUUUAUUUAUCUCGACAGGUUUCUCUUGUUUUAGUUUACCAAAUGCUGGCAUGGUUUAAUAUUUUUCUUUGUUUUAAAGCAAUCUUUACAAGCUAAUUUUCAUAGUUUUUUUUGUAUUUGUAAGUAUCAUUUGGUAUGUAAGCCUAUGUACAUUUGCCACUAGUGACAUUAUCAACUAAUGACACAAGUUUCUGGUGACUAUAGCAGCUAGUGUUAUUUAUUGCUUGAUGGAAAUUAAUUUGAAACCAAGCAACCGUUUAACUUUUUAAGAAUAUUUUUUUAGCUUAAAUGCAAGAAAAGAACAGCAUAAUUUAUUUAGUGUGUGUGUGUGCUGGGUCACAUGACACCAUGAUUAUAUAUAAAACAGAUUCAGAAAUGAAUUUCAACUCAUUACUUGAAAGCACAAUAUUUUUAUAUAUUUUAAACGAGUCCUAUUGUAAGCUUGAAUUGUUUUUUAAUUUUUAAAAAAUUCUUUUGGCUCUGGAUCAUUGUUUCAAGAUUUUUAAGUUGUUUGAAACAUUUUAUUACACAGCAUUACAAUACUGUAGUGUAAUAAGAGUUGCUAUCAACACGUUGCCCAGAAUUCCAUAUCAGAAUCUCAGACCAAGUACAAAAUAUGUGCUGGUUUGUACUGUAUAUUUUUGUAUCCUGUUUGUGAUCCAAUGCUCUGAACAAAAUAUUUACUACCAGACCUAAACUCAUGUAUACAAAGAUUGAUAUUGUGCAUGACUGUUUCUCUUGAAGAGUUUAUUGUAACAAGAGAGGUUGUGAAUGUGAUGUUACUGGAACAAGUUGACGCAAAUAUUUAAUAGUUCAGUGUAGUGGUAGUAUUUCACUUUUGUCUUGUUAUGUAGUCACACGACCUUCGUUGUGAUGAGGACUUGUCAUCUCAUUGUUAUGUAGUCACAUAUCCAAGACAUGACUUCUGCACAUGACCUAACUUGAAGCCAUUGUGAUGAGGUCAUGUCACUCUACUAAUGUUGUGAUGAGGUCAUGUCACUCUACUAAUGUUGUGAUGUUACUUUGUUGUCUUACACACACAUUCAUGGUUGAUUGGAUUCACAGGCCAGCUUGUUUGAUUUUAUCAACAUUCCUGAGACAAGCUAUUGUUUGUUGUAUGUUUGUGAUCAUUUAAAUAUCAGCACUUGACUGUAAAGAUAUUUGGUUGUAUAUUUAUUUUCUUCAGAUGUAUUUUACACUUUGUUACCAAAAAAUUGUCAUUUCAUAUUUUAUUUAUUGGAUUCUCUUAUUCUGACUAAUGUUGUAUAUCUAGUGAAAGACCGUUUAUUUAUAAGUUUCAAUGUAUUUUUUCAACUUUAUCCAUUUCAACCCAUGACAAACUGUUUACUAUUUACUUAUAAAGCCUAGAGCUUCAAUUGUGUAAGUUUCUAUCCAUAUUUCCACUGGCCUAAUUUUCUCUUUUUCUUAAUGGAGGAUCCUAACAAGUUCUAGAACAGCAUUUCUCAGCAUUCAAUUCCAAGCAUCCCUUGAGUUCACUUAGCUCCCUUUUCAUCCUUUGUGUCUAGUUGGAGCCAAAUUUCUCUUUAGUUUUCUUCAAAGUUUCUUGAUUCUCUAUUCAGUCAGGUGUUUGGACUAUCCACUACCAAAUACAAUGGGAUGUUGCAAGGGGAGCAACUUUUGGUUUUUAUUCAACUAAGAACCUGACUGUAACACACAUAUGGAAGAGAUUCAAAACACUUUUAUCCCAUGACAAACUGGUGACUUCAAUGCACACUAGUUCUAUACAUUGUCUUGACAUAAUACUAGCAUAAAUGUCUCAUUUCUUUGUAUUUUUCUCUAAUGUCAAACUGUCCUCAUAAUUAUUUUUUUCUGGGCUUAACUUAUUUCUGUUAUGUUUUUAUUUUGAACCAAGUUGUGUACCUUCCUGGACAGAUUUGGGAAAGUCACUGACCAGUAUAACAUUGACUGGCAAAUCUAAAGACAUUGUGGCUUUAAGGCUCACACAAGUUACUGAGACUGCAAUGGUGGGGUGUUAGCCUCAUGAAGUCAUUGCAUGGUACUUAGCAAUGUCAACUAUAAGACUUGUAGUGUUUGAAUGUCUUCCUUAUAUCUUCUAGCCUAACUCUUUGAGAUUAGAGUGUUCUUGUUCCAUCCAUUGAAUGGUUUGAGUUGAGAGAGAAGUGACUGAUGAAGUGAAAUCCCCAGCAGCCUAUGUUCUCAAACGUCUCUUUACACCUCACACUGUUGCUACUGGAACAUUGACUCUUGACUUUGAAAACUAUUGGGUUCAUUGAACCAAUUCAUUUAUUAGUGCUGAUUAAUUGAUGGGUUUGAUAGAAUGAUAUUCAAACGUUUUAUGUCUGACAUUUUAGUUAGUGCUAACUUCAAAGAAUUUUAGAAUUGACCAAAUUGAUUUAAGACUUAAAUUUUUUUGUUGUAUACAAAGAUUUAUUGGAUACAGUUGAAAUAUUAAUUUUAUACUUUAUUUAUUAUACAGUAAUGGUUGUUAUAUAACAUUGGACUGUAUGUUUGUGUUAUAUAACAUUGGACUGUAUGUUUGUGGACAAUUUUUUUUUUCUGGGCUCAGACUAAAUUAUUUUCAAUAAAAUAUUUCUUAAAGACUUAAAAAAAAA